CACUGUUGAAAUAAAUUAAAGUCUAUUCCCUUCACUCCAAAUAUUUGUUUGAUGUAUAAGUUUAGAUCAUAUGUUUGCAAAGGAAAAUGACUACUUUUGAUGAUAUUCUGAAGGAAAUAGGAGAGUUUGGACCUUACCAAAAACGGGUGUACACCCUAUUGUGCUUCCCAAGCUUCAUUUUAUCGGCAUUAUUAGUAGUUCAAGUGUUUCUUUUAGGAACUCCAGAUCACAGGUGCAAACUUCCUGAUUAUGCAAAUGAUACUUUUGAAAGUCAAGGAGAAAUUCACGACCAGUAUGUGCACAGUUGGAUCCCGCCUGACGAUUCAGGGGAGCACACAUAUGACAGGUGUCAUCUCUAUGCCAAUAAUCAUACAGAAAACAACUCUACAACUAAAUUAAAGUGUACAGAAUGGGUCUACGAUGAAACAGUUUACAAACGUACAUUUGCAAAGAAGCUCGAUAUGGUUUGUGAUGAUGCCAUAAAGAUACCAAAUGCUCAGAUGAUCUUUUUCUUUGGUGUACUUUUUGGAUCAUUUGUGUAUGGACAGAUGUCCGAUAUAAUCGGACGCCGGAAGACAUUGUAUAUUUCCAUACUGGUUCAGCUGGGUUCCUCUCUUGGUCUCGUUGGCAUGUAUGAGUACAUUGGAUUCUGUAUCCUUAUGUUCAUUAUGGGAGGUGCGACGCUUGGCGUUUAUAUGACGUCAUACGUUAUAGGUAUGGAACUGGUUGGUCCGAGUAAGAGGUUAUGGACAGGCACCGUUGCUGCAUUGUUCCUUACAACGGGUCAGCUUUAUCUGGUGCUUAUGGUUUAUCUGAUCAAAGACUGGAAAUAUUUUACUCUUGCAGUCGCCAUACCAGGCUGUCUUUUUCUACCGUAUUAUUGGAUAAUUCCCGAGUCUUGCAGAUGGCUUCUUAGCAAGGAUAGGAAAGAUGAAGCAUUGAUCAUACUUAGAAAGGUCGCAAAAAGCAAUAAAGCUCAGCUUAAUGAAAAGGUUGUUGAUGAGUUGCAACCUCCUCAAAAGGAAGGGCGUGUGUGGCAUCUGUUUUCAGACAGAUUGCUUGGUCGAUGGUCUCUGAUCAUCUUUUUUAAUUGGUUCGUGUGCAGUAUGUCAUAUUACGGUGUUGUCCUAAAUACGGGCAACCUUGGUGGAGAUCUCUUCUUUAAUUUCGUACUUCUUACUAUCGCUGAAUAUCCAGGGAAAAUUCUAGACAUGCUUUUAUUAGAUAGGAUUGGCCGUAAAAGAUUGUACGUUGGUUAUCUCUUCGUCGGAGGUAUAGCGUGUAUAACAACAAUUUGGCCUAUUGUAGAUGGUAGUGAUGAGCUACACUAUGUCCUUAUAGCUCUAGCUAUGAUAGGCAAGCUAUGUAUUACUGGUGCGUUUGGAGCAGUUUAUGUUUUGUCAGCAGAAAUCUUUCCCACUGUUGUCCGCAAUGCUGGUAUGGGUUCGAGCUCAGCUGUGGCUAGAAUUGGAAGCAUGAUUGCCCCUUACAUUGCUAAAUCUGCUGAUCUAGUUAGUGGGGCACGAGGUAAAUCUAUUCCUCUAACUGCGUUUGGUGUUUCCAUGUUUAUUGCAGCACUUCUGGCGCUGUUUCUUCCAGAAACUCUAAACAGAGAACUUCCCGAAACAAUAGCUGAUGUACACAAUCUUAAACGAAACGUAUAUGAGGAGACUAUGGAGAAGGGGCAAGAGAAAAAUCCCACCGGUGUGACAAAUGGACGUUCGACAAACCUGAAAGAGGAGGACAGAUUAUAAAAAUCAUUACUUGAAUGUCUUUAAUAGAAAUAGUUGUUUUUUGUGGUUAUGUUUCCUCUUUACAUUCCAUACUUUGUUAUCAUACACCAUAAAUACUACUAUAAAUGGUAACAAAACAAUUUGCAUAGCUUUGAAUAACCGAAAGCGUGCAAAAUAACUAGAAGCGGACUAAAUAACCGGUUAUUGGACCCCUCGGGAUAUCUGACGUCAAUUUUGAAGUCUUUUAUACUGAGUCGACGCGAAAUUCACAAUUUAUUUAACGUUGAUAUUUUAUAUCACUGACUGAUUCCAACAACUGAUUAACCUUAUUGGCAACCUGACUGCACUUUCGUGCAAAAUAAAUUAAGUCUGCUAAUAACAGCUUCAGGCCCCGCCUUUGCCGUUUAUCAAUUACAUAUUGAAGCAUAAGAAAUUAAAUAAAAAGGAAAAACUUUGCAGUAUAAUCUCUACAUGAAGCUGAUUUUUAAGAUUAUCCGUUAAUCGCCGGUUAUAACAUUUAAACGACCAAUCGUAAAGAUUAAUCGUACAGAUUAAAGCUACACUUUCCCGCUAUAAUCACAUAUAAGAAACAAAAAUAUAUUCAUAAUGUAGAUAUUAUUUUGCUUUGUUUUUAUAUAUUAUAGCCUUAAUAUAACUAUAAAUGGAGUAAUGGCGCUAGUACUCUAGUUUAAACUCCCUAGUGAUAGUCCUGCUAUUGACAGUUUCAUAAACAGAAACUAUGUAGACCUUCCUACUUAUAUUAUUAAACGAAUAUUUUGUUUAUAUAUAUAACUGUUGAAAGAGGCCCAUGAAAUUUAUAAAACUAACACCCUUAUUUUAUCAAACAAAUUAUUAAACCGCCAUUGAAUAAAGUUUUGAGUAAAGAAGUCCUUUUCUUGUAACUACUUUUUUACCAAACAUAAAAUCGUUGAGUUAUCUGAAAUCGAAAUAUGUUUUUAAGAACGAAAAGAAUGUUUCCAAAAAUGUUAUGACAUGUUUAUACUUUAUAUACACUUGUUAAGCAAAAUAAAAAAAAACUACCGCUUUA